UUGUGGCGUAAUGUUCGUGGGUGUAUGCGUCCGUGGGGGAAUUCCAACUUCCAAGGUGCUUUCUGGACUUCCCCUUCUAAAUUAUACUAUAAAAUCUACUGCAUUUCGAACAUUACAUGUUUCAUCAGGAGUGUAAAAGAAUCGGAGAGGUUUUCAUCGCACAGAAUAUUGAAAAUUCUCACUAGAACAGAACAGCAAUAUUGUUGGUCAUGGCCUAGCUUUACAGAUAAAAAUCAAACCAAGUGUAAGUGCUACUCGUAAUGUCUGCUACCCAUCGCCUCCAUCCUCACCACACUGGUCGGACAGAAUCUGAUGCAGUAGCUGUUGCUCAAAGUACUUGUGUAUGCAGUAACUGCAUUAAACCUUUAUCUCAGGAACCAUCGUUCCACUGCAAUCAAUGUGACUUCAUUGUGUGUACCACAUGCGAUGCACCAAAAGUCCAUCCCGUACAUCCUAAUCAUCCACUGUACUUAGUUACCCCUGCAACACCAUGGAGAUGUAAUGUAUGCAAUUCCUGCAAUGCCAAUUCUAAAAAUAAUUUGUGCUACCAUUGUGAGAUCUGCGACUUUCGCAUGUGUAAAAAAUGUUUCCCAUGCAUGUACAGUAAACUUCAUGUACACCCUUUACUUCGCACUGAUGUCAGAUUAGUUUAUCACCAAUAUAAUGGGGAAUGGAACUGUGAUAUUUGUGGAAACAGUAAUGGACCAGGUCACUGGUAUCCAGCACAUUGCCAGUCAUGUCAGUUUGAUCUUUGUGAUAACUGCAUCAAGCCAUACAAAUCAACAUAUCAUCAACAUCCACUUUAUAAAGCGGAUUCCAAAGUGACUUAUCCAGAAUAUAAUGGUGGUUGGCGUUGUGAUAGAUGUUUACGAGACUUUCAAGUUAACAACAAUCCUUUUCAUUGUUCUCAAUGUGGGUUUGACUUGUGUAACAACUGUAUGCGAACGACAGGUGAAAUUUCAAAUACAGUUGGUUUUGAUGUACCAAGAAUGUUAAAUGGAGAUGCAACUACGUUCAGAUCUGGUUUUAACUUGACAGCUAACGCGAAUCCUAUACGGCAGGAUCAAAUGGAAAGUCCCCGUCCAGCGGAAGAUAUGCGGCACGAGGAAGAGGGCCGUACCGGACCCCCUGUUAACGCGGGGAAUUGCAUAAUAUGCAAUGUAAGACAAAAGAAUGCUACAAUUGUACACAAACAUGAAAAUAUUCCAGAACGUUCCACGUUGAGCAGAGAUAACACAGGCCAUGUUUGCUGUUGUGUCGAAUGCGCUGAAAGAUUGUCGAGUUGUCCUAUUUGUAAAGCUCCGAUUCAAACUGUCAUUAGACAUUUCAUUUCCUAGAGAUUUGUGCAGUGAUAUCUGCAGUGAGCAAGUACAGUCAGUGAGGACAGUCAUGGAAUAAACAUGAUUAAUAUCGCAAAUUUUCUUUGUUCCGUAAUCUUGCAGAAUAAUAGAUAAAAUAGAAAAUAUAAACUUGUAACAUGUUUUGGGUAAGCCAGUGUAGUGAUUUAUGUACAAUUAAUAGUGCCUCUUGGUGUAAUAACUGUGUCAGGUUCUAGGCCAAUGCACUGUCCCAUAUAUAGAUUAUGUGUCCUAUGAAUUAAGUAUGUGUUUGCAUGUUCGCGU